GCUAACUCACCUGGCGGGCGGCGGCGGCGCCUCGGCCCGGGGGGGCCGGGGGUCCCUUCCUCUUGUGCAUCUUCCAGGUUGGGUCCCCAGACCACCGGCCCCGGCUCCCGGCCUUGCCCUGCCGCCUCCCCCGGGGCCUGUCCCCGCGCACGCGCCCUUCUCGGAGCCCCGCGUCCCUCGCUCAGCGCCCCGCGACCGCCGCCCUCGCCUCCCGGGGUGGCCGCCCCACUUCCGCCUCGGCCCUCGGGCGCCGCCGCCUCACCAGAGCGCGGCUACUAGACUAACCGGGCCCGCCUCGCCGAACUACAACUCCCGGCGGGCAGCGCGCGGAGCGCAUGCGCAGGGUGGGGGAAGUGGGAGGAGCGGCGGGCCGCGCGGGAAAAGAGGCGGGGCGACAGGCAGCCGGGUCCGCGUCGCGCCUGCGCACUGCCGCCCCGGCGCUGCGCGGGAAAGAGGCGGAGCGCGCGCGGGUGUCAGGGGCGGUGGCGGCCGCGUGGUUCCCGGCUUUCCUCGGCCGCCCGCCGGCUCCGGCCUCACAACAGAUCCAGGGAGCGCUGGUUGCCGGCAAGGACAGAGCGACCUCCACAGUGUGUCUGGCCCAGAUUUUUCAAGGGAGGGCUGAAAUGAGCAAGAGGAAGAAGCUUCGGAGCUCAGGAGGAGAAGGACUCCAUCCUCCGAAACCCCCAAAGAAUUCCAGGCAAGAAAACACCAGCGGGGUCCCCCAGAGUUCUGAGCUAGAGCGUUUGCGGCCUGAAGAGACAGAAGGCAAGUCGGGACCCACUCCCUCUGCACAGCCAAGUGGGGAGGACCCCGCACAGGUGGCCUCCAGCUCCCCUGAUGAAGAUACCGCAGUUCCCCCCGGGCUCCUUGGGCAAUCCGAAAAGGACUCCGUCCCGUUUCCUCUCUCCCAGAAUUCAAUCGGGAAGUUCGUCCCCCAGUUUGCAAAGCCCAGGAAGAUCAUGACGAGAAAAACAGAGACGAGGGGAGAGGACAGUGGGAAUCGGGCCUUUCACCCGGAAAUACCACCAGAGCCCAGGGCCCUGCAGACAGGAAGCCAGGUGCUGGACGAGUCCCUGGGGCUUGAAAUCCCAGAGGCCGGGGAGCCUGGAUAUGGUGCCUGCCUGGAGCAGAGUGGCCAGACCCCCACAGGAGAGCCUGAGCCCAGCCAGGGGGGUGCUCUGCCCGUGGCAUCUGCUGACGUCCCUCAGGAACAGGGGCCGGGGCCCUCUGGCUUGUUAGGGGACGGCCAGAACCAUCUGUCAGAGCGUCUGAUCCAUCCUGCGACUGCUGGAGACUCGGGAAGCAGCCAGCCUGAGAUGGAAAGGGGCUUGGCUUCAGGGGACGGUGGCCAGGAAGGGCACCUGCAGAGCAGCAGGGCCUGUGGGGGCCCCCAGGAGGAAGGAGAAGACAUCCCCGGGACCCUGGCCUCAGCCCCUGCCCAGGGACUGUAUCCUGCCGCCCGGGAUGCCCCUGAGCACGUGCAGACACCCAGCUGGGCUGGUGGAGAAGUGGAAUGGAGUUACCACAGCAGCCAGAGACGCUCCUCCCCGGGCCCUGUUGUCACUGCUGUGAGUGCCGAGGCUGCUGAGCCAGGACAGGGGGCUCCGGAGGUGGCUGGGCCAGGCGGGCAGGCCGAGACCAGGCUGUCUGCUUCUCCUGGUGGGAAGGCCCCUGAUGGGGACCAUGGGGGCGCCCUGCUCAGCCGUCCUCCGCUCACCUGGGAGACCCCAGGAGGCCAGGGGGACCCAGAGCAGAAAGACGAGCCCCCCAGGCAUGCCCCAGCAGGCCCCCUGGCCUCCCUGGCUGCAGUUCACGGGAACCGAGAGCCCGUGGUGGAUGCUGUGGACUCCAGCCCUCAAGCCUCAGAAACGGGUCUCGUUGUCCAUCAGAAACCAGUACCGGGCCCCAGUCGAGAGGGCCUGGGGGACAGGGACACGCGGCCCUCCCCAGCGGAGGCUGCAGGUGCAAAGGCAGCCAAGAUCGGUAGCAGGGGCCACGAACAAAACCUUGCCCUCGAGAGUCCCGGCCUGCCCUCCCGGGCCUCUCGUCCUCCAGAGCAUAGAGGCGCAGGGGACGGCCCUUCCUGGGAGCCUGGGGCCCUCCAGGGCAGCCCAGACCCCCACUCAGGCCUGGCAGUUUGGCCCGAUCCCACCCCUGCAGACCAGGCCUCCUGGGAGGGCUGCUCCGCCGUGGAACUCAACUUCCUGCCGGACAGCCAGAUCCGGGACGCCUUGGACACCCCCGACCUCCAGGUCCCACCUGAGCAGCAUAUCUGGGGAAUCUUUUCCAACACGGAACGUGUUGUUCAUCUGGCCCAGGGCCACGAUGCCGUCCCCUCGACUCUGGCAGCCCAGCACGCUGCAGCCGCGGCCACUUGCAGGCUUCCCUGUGCCCCUCCGGAGACCCCGAGACCUGUGGCACAGCACGGCAGGCCCCUGCCUCGUCCUCAGUGGUCAGGGUCCAAGCUCGGGCCUGUGGCCCCGGAACUGUCCGGCGUGCUCGCAUCCACCACCUGUCAGGAGCGAUGCCCUGUGGCGAGCAGACCCAGCCCCCGCUGGCCUGGCCCCAGCCCACCGGCCCACAGAGACCCCCAGGCCCAGCCGAGGCACCCCCGGGGCACUGAAGCCUGCGAGGCCGCCAGGAUGGAAGACGCCACCGGGAUCGUGUGCGGCCUGGUCAUGGAGCUCUCCAGUCUCAACCGCCUCAUCAUGGGGGCCCACCGGGACCUGGAGGCCUGCAAGCGCCUCGGCUACCGGAAGGCAAAGCCGGCGGGGAAAGGCCCCGCGCCCCACGCCUCGAAGGGGGCUGCAGGGCUCCCCUGGGGAGAGCAACCCUGGAGGGACCUGUAGGGCCAUGAGAAGACCCCUGGCCACAGGAGGUGCCCCCCGUUCCUGCUCUCUCAGUGGUCGCGGGCUCAGCAGUGGGGGCUGCUGCAGCUGCUUUCCAGCAUGUCCCCUGCCCCCACCCCCACCCCCCACAGCUGUUCCAAGUGGUCCCAGAAGCCCCAGGGGGCCACGGGCUGAGGAGGGAGCAGCACCACCUCCGGGCCCAGGAGGCCCCCACUCCCCGCUGCCCUGAUGUUUACCUUGGUUUGCAAAUUUCAGUCCAUAACUGAGGUUAUGGAAGGUUCUGGAUUUCUUUUUUUCCCCGAGGAGAAAAGGGUUCCCUUUGUUGGUCAUAAUUUGUACCUGCUCCUGAUUUCCAUUUUCUCCUCUCUGAUUUCCAUUUUCUCCUCCCUGGGAAGACCACGAAUAAAUGAUUCUCUUGU